CGAGGCGGCCGACUGGGAGGAGCGGAGAGGCCCUGAGGAACGGCGCCGCCGGAGGGUUGCCGUGUCCCGUCCGCUUUGCCUCGCUGUGCCAUGGAGGAUGCGCUGCCUUCGGGCCUGUUGGAGGUCUGCUUGCUGGUCGGCGUGCCCAGGGAGCAGUUGAGGGCUCAGCUGCAGGACGCUCAAAGAAAGCCCAGAAGUCUUCUUCCCCUGGAUCCAGAAGUUCUUUCUGUGUUUGUGCCUCCGUUUAUCAGCAGAGAUGAUACUCACUCGACUAACACAAGUGGUAACAACUUCAACAGAGGUAAACGCCGGUCUUUCCGAAAAAAGAAAGAGAGACCAAAGUUGGAAAAUGCCAGGACUCUCAAUGGGGAUCAGAAAGCACCUGGCACUGAAGAUGUUACAGUUCCAAAGGACAUCGAUCUCAUUGGUUUGCCACAGCUGUGCUUCCCAGGAGGACUUUAUAUGACUUCAGAACCAAGAGAGGACCACAUUCACUUCCUGGUCUUCACAGAUGUCUGUGGUAACAGAACAUAUGGUGUUGUUGCACAGUACUAUCAGCCAAUGCAAGAUGGCUGUAUUGCCUCCAAUGGACAGGCCCAGUGGGAAUCUCUGCGGGCAGGGAAGAAGCCUGGCUGUUUUGUACCGCUUGCUAUUUGUGUUAUAUCCAGAUAUCCAUAUUUUAAUGCCCUCAAGGAUUGUCUCUCAUGCUUAUUAGUGCAACUGCGAUCUUUCAAGGGCUUAGAUGUUGAUGAUCACAUAAAAGAGUUUGCAGCAAAAUUAUUUUUGAUACCCAGCCCGCCACCAGGACCACUGCACUUGGUAUUUAAUAUGAAACCACUUCAAAUAAUUAUUCCUUCACGAGAGGAUCCAGACAGUCCAGUUAUUGACUUGGAUCUUCAUCUUCCAUUGCUGUGCUUCAAGCCAGAGCAGGUGCUGCAGAUUAUUACCUGUAUUUUGACUGAGCGGAAAAUGGUGUUCUUCUCUUCUGACUGGGCCCUGCUGACACUUGUGGCUGAGUGCUUUAUGUUAUACCUUCAUCCCCUUCAGUGGCAACACACCUUUGUGCCUCUUCUGUCUCGUCAUAUGCUGGAUUUUGUAAUGGCUCCAACAUCUUUUCUUAUGGGAUGUCAUGCUGAUCAUUUUGAAGUAGUUAGCACAGAAGCUGAAGAUUUAAUUCUAAUUAAUAUCGAUGACGGGAAUAUUUCACAUUCAAAAAUGGUUGAAGAGGAACCUGAAAUUCCAGAUGUUCCAGCACGAGCAGCAGAAACUUUCAAAAAGAGAGCGGAGAGUCUUCAGCUGCAUUAUGAUUUAGAGCUGUGUCAUCUCCGUGCCACCACAGACCUUGGUGAACUUCAGAUGCGCAGAAGGGCUUGGCAGCAGAAACUGAACACAGAAGUUCAGCAAAUGACUUUGCAGUUAAUUGUUAAUAUCUUCAGGGAGGUAAAAGACCACCUAAAUUAUGAACACAGAGUGUUUAACAGUGAAGAAUUUCUGAAAACAAGGGCAAUAGGAGACCAGCCAUUUUAUGGAAAAGUUUUAGAGACCUACAUGUUUCACUCUUUUCUUAAAGCUCGUUUGAACAGAAAGAUGGAUGCUUUUGCUCGACUUGAAUUGAGCACCCAGUCUGAAGAGGAUAGAUUCAACUUGAUGUUUCGUACUCCGAGAAGACUUACUAUGGAGAAAAUGGCUUCUAAAAGAUUUAAUUCACAGAACAUCAUUAACAGGCGUAUGGUUAUCAGUAUGCCCAAUCUGCAAGAUAUCAAACUACCAGAGAGUCCUGCUAGAAAAUCCUCACUUCGAAGAAUAGAGACAGACAUUGCUGUGAGAAAGCCCUCCAAAUCAGUUAGUACAUUCAAAAUCCCAGAAAUUCACUUUCCUCUGAUGAGCCACUGUGUUCACUCCUACUAUACAGAAUUCUUCAACCAUCUCAGCAGAGCUAUAAAUACCUUACCACCUGAUAACUCAGCAUUGCUGGCAAGGUACUUCUACCUCCGGGGACUUAUUAGCUUGAUGCAAGGGAAACUACUAAAUGCACUUUCUGACUUUCAGAACCUAGAUAAAACAGACUUAAGAAUUUUCCCUACUGAACUUGUAAGAAAAAUUGUGGAAACCUUGCCUCCUUCUGAGCGUUUUCAAGCUGACCGCAAGCCUGAGCUGAAGAGGCUGAUAAGCCUAGUGAUGGAACAACAAAGGGAAAUGACAAAAACAGAUGACCACGUGAAACACUUUGAAUUGCCAAAAACACACAUGCAGCUGGAUGAUUUUGUGAAGCGAAUCCAGGAGUCUGGGAUUGUCAGAGACACAGACACCAUACAUCGGCUGUUUGAUGCCUUAACCGUAGGGCAGCAGAAACAAAUUGAUCCUGAAACAUUCAGAGAUUUCUACAACUACUGGAAAGAAACUGAAGCAGAAGCUCAAGAGGUGAAUCUGCCACCAGCAGUAAUAGAACAUCUGGAUAAGAAUGAAUGUGUCUACAAGUUAUCCUGCUCAGUUAAAACUAACUAUGGUGUAGGAAAAAUAGCACUGACCCAAAAGCGUUUAUUCCUUUUGACUGAAGGAGGACGUCCUGGCUAUGUCCAUAUUGCUGCUUUCAGGGAUAUAGAGGAUGUUAAGAACACAACUGUAGCUUUCCUUCUUUUGAGAAUACCUACUCUGAGGAUUGAAACGAUAUAUAAAAAACAAGUAUUUGAAGCUAACCUGAAAACUGAGUGUGAUCUCUGGUACCUGAUAGUGAAAGAAAUGUGGGCUGGAAAGAAAAUGGCAGAUGAUCACAAGGAUCCUCAGUAUAUUCAGCAAGCACUGACAAACGUUCUUCUGAUGGAUGCUGUCGUUGGUGCACUGCAGUCCUCCAAAGCCAUAUAUGCAGCCUCUAAACUGUCUUAUUUUGACAGGAUGAAGAAUGAAGUGCCUAUGAUGAUCCCCAAAACAACCUCAGAGACGUUAAAGCAUAAGAUCAACCCAUCAGCUGGUGAGACAUUUCCACAGGCAAUAGAUGUCUUGCUUUAUACUCCAGGGCAUCUUGACAUUUCAGAAAGACCUGACAAUGCUCAUCCAAAACUGUGGUGUGCUUUAAACGAAGGGAAAGUUGUGGUCUUUGAUGCAUCUACCUGGACUAUUCAGCAGCACUGUUUCAGAAUGGGCCGCUGUAAACUGACUUGUAUGGUAAUGGUAGAACAGAGUCAAGUAUGGAUUGGUUCUCAAGACUCCAUUAUUUAUAUAAUCAACACUCACAGUAUGUCUUGUAAUAAGCAACUAAAUGAUCACCAUUCUGAUAUUACAGACAUAGUUGUGGAGAAGAAGAAUGGAAUACCCAGUGAAGCAUACUCAAGCAGCUUAGAUGGAACAGUGAUUGCUUGGAACAUCAGCACUCUGAAGGUUAACCGUGCUUUUCAGCUGCCCUGCCAAAACCUAACUUCUAUUAAACUUCAUAAUGGCCAACUGUGGUGCUGCACUGGAAGUUGCAUAUUUGUAAUGUCAACUUACGAAUUUCGACUACAAAUGAAGAUUGAGCAUCACCUGAAGGAUGUGUGUUCCUAUUUCCUCUGCUUCCAGCUCUUUCCUGAGAGAAAUGAAGUGUGGGCAUCUUACUCAGGGAGUAGUGACCUGUAUAUUUGGAACACCAAAGACUUUGCAAGCACACCUCAAAAAAUUCAUCUUCAGGAUUGCUCUGAGAUUACCUGCAUGAUACAAGUCAAAAAUCAGAUGUGGGUUGGCAGCACUGGAACAUCACAAGGCAAAAUCAAAGGGAAGAUCUACGUGAUCAGUGCUGAGAAGAAGACUGUGGAGAAAGAAUUGUUUGGUCACGCUGAUACAGUAAAGGCUCUUUGCUCUGCAGAGGACAGAUACGUCCUCAGUGGUGCUGGAAAGGAAGAAGGGAAAAUUGCCAUUUGGAAAGUUGAAUAGCGAAGCUAUUCAAAAUAUGUCUACCUGUGCUGGAAAAAAGACCUCAGACCUUGGUUACUCUAGCUACUUCUUUUUCAGCCACCUGUCAGUGUUAUUUUUGUAUUUAUUCAGCUAUUUUCAGUAGCUGCAUUGUUGUUGAAAAUCAGCUUUGAAAUGAUUCUCUCCUUUCACCUUGUACUGCACCUGCACAUUUGAUAAAGAAAUGGAAAUGUGAGUAGAGGGAUCACUGGCUUAAACUUAACCAUAUUUUAUUGUGAAGGAUCUGAGUUGCAGGCCAGGUCUGUUAUGCAGGCUACAUUAAAUUAGCUGAAGCUGCUGAGGAUAAGCUCAGUAAUUUCACAGGAGCUCUUUCUCAGCAGUGCAUAUAGUAGCUGGAAAUGUUCACUGAAAUCAAACAAGGAAACAACAAAUCCCAGAAUGAAAGCAAAAACAAAACACCCAAUGGAUUUGUUUGAUUCAUUGAGUUAAUGUAAAUGCUGAGUAUUUAUCUUUCUGAACUAUCAGCUAGAAUUAGCUGGGAAGACUGCCCAUGAUCACUGUAUGUAUAUAUUUAUGGUGCUGUAUUAUUUAAAAGGUAGAUACAGGCAGACUCUUCUUGAUAGCACUGGAAACUUCCUGCUGCUAAAACAGGAUACUUGCAUAGUGUCAGUAACUGUUCUUCUCCUAAAAACAAUGCACAGCACUUGGCAUUUAUGAAACUGACAUUAUUUUCCCCAUCUGAAAUACUUUAUUUAACUACUGUACGCAUUACAUUUGCUUUUGGAAGCAACCUCUUAGUAACUGUACAAAGAAUCUCUGCCGGUCCUCCCUUCAGCCAACAUUUCUGUAAUCAGAGGAACUGCUGACAUUCAAUAUAGAACCUUCAAAGUCGUCAAACUAUGCCUUAACUGCUGAGGUGGGCAUCAUCAAAUUGCCUUCUGAAGGGUUCUGUCAAGCAGCAUUUCCUAAUCACUUCCUAAUGUACUCUUUUUCCAUUGAUAACAAAAUCAUCUGCAAGUAAAUCUUUGCAGAACAGUUUUACUUGUAUCAGUGCUGAGUGAAGUGGAAUACAAUGCUUAAAUUAUUACAAACAGAAGGAACAAAUGGGCUGCUACUUUUUCAACAAAUAUAAGCUGAAACUGUAGGCCUGCUAGAAAUGUAAACUACUAAAAGUAUACUCCAUCUGUAAAUCUUUCAGAUGAAAGGUUUUAUGUGAUGAUAACUGUAAUUUUACCUUUUUAGUGUUUUUCAAUUGAAGAAUAUUAAACACUAUAUUGAUACUCUGGC